AAAUAGCAGCAGCGGCACGGCCGGCCCGAAGCCCAGUUUCCCAUCGCCAACGCGUCCCGCAGCCGCAGCAUGGACUCCCAGGACUGCCCUUGCGCCACCGGUGGCACCUGCACUUGUGGGGACAACUGCAAAUGUAAAAACUGCAAAUGCACGUCGUGCAAAAAAGGCUGCUGCUCCUGCUGCCCCGCGGGAUGUGCCAAGUGCGCGCAGGGCUGCGUCUGCAAAGGGCCCCCCUCCGCCAAGUGCAGCUGCUGCAAGUAGGGGCCGGCGGGCAGCCCCCCCCCCGCCGCGCUGACCCUGGGGGCAGCCGAAGAAAACUAACUUUAUUGUCUGUGUUUUUUAUACGUGCGUUCUGAUACCUUCAGUGUUUGGCACACGUGGCGUGCGCUGAGCUACCUAAAUAAAGCGAUGUGUAUAUAAACA